AUAGAAAACCUAGAACUUUCUACACAUUUGGCGCGGAAACUACCAAACGGUUUUCGAAUUUUCUAGCAAAUACUCGUUUCCUCCUAUACUUGGUAUAAAUUCCUCAUCAGUAUCAUCUUCCAAACCAUCAAACAAUUGAAAAUCACAAUAUUCAAUAACAAUCAUCAAAGCUUUCAAAUCUUCAUUCAAGAAAUCACUUCGGAGAACAAAAUGUCGCUGAUUCCAAGUUUCUUCGGUGGCAGAAGGAGCAACGUGUUCGAUCCAUUCUCCCUUGACGUGUUCGAUCCAUUCAAGGAUUUUCCGUUAUCCAAUUCCCUAUCUGCUUCCUUUCCUGAAAAUUCUGCAUUCGUGAGCACACGUGUGGAUUGGAAGGAGACUCCAGAAGCGCACGUGUUCAAGGCAGAUCUUCCAGGACUGAAGAAGGAGGAAGUGAAGGUUGAGAUCGAAGAUGAUAAAGUUCUUCAGAUAAGCGGAGAAAGAAGCGUUGAAAAAGAAGAUAAGAACGAUCAAUGGCACCGCGUGGAGCGUAGCAGUGGAAAGUUCUUGAGGAGAUUCAGAUUGCCAGAGAAUGCUAAAAUGGAUCAAGUUAAGGCGAAUAUUGAGAAUGGUGUUCUGACUGUAACUGUUCCUAAAGAAGAAGUUAAGAAGCCUGAAGUCAAGACCAUUGAUAUCUCUGGUUAGAUACUAAUUAAUACUAAAUCGAGUUCUGUGUUAGAAUGGCGUUCUUUGCUUUAUCCUAAUGCGUGUGUUUUGUGUAUUGUGUGCGCGCGUGUGUGUAUGAAAGGAUAGACUGUAAUCAUGUAUGUGUUUUGUAAUUUCCAGAAUCUUAUGUGAAUGAAUUCCAGUUUGCAUUAGCCAUA